AUGAGAACGCUUCACCACAGUAACAUAGUAAAGUUGCUUCAGAUUCUUGACACCAACCACAAAACCUACCUUGUGAUGGAAUACGCAGCCCGCGGAUCCCUGUGGCAACACAUCAACAACUGUGGGCGUCUACAGGAGGAAGAGGCACGUACCAUGUUCACAGAACUGUCUUUGGCCAUCAACUAUAUCCAUGAUCGGAAUAUUGUCCACCGAGACAUCAAAGCCGAGAACGUCCUAUUGGAUUGGGAGGGGCAUGUGAAACUAAGUGACUUUGGGUUAAGCAAAAGACUGGCCUCAGGGGAAAAGUUUCAGGGGUUGUGCGGUACACCACAAUAUUGUGCUCCUGAAGUAUUCCAUCAUACACCCUACGACGGACUUCCAACAGAUAUUUGGAGCACCGGUGUGCUCUUGUACUUUUUAUGUUGGCCACCUUCCUUUUGAAGAGAUAGAACACUCCAAGAUAAAGGACAUGAUCCUAUCCCAGAACUACUGGAUCCCAUAUUGUCUCUCCCCAGACCUUCGAGACCUACUGAAUGCAUUAAUGACAAUAGACCCUACAAGAAGGCCAUCCAUCAAAGAAAUAUUAGCACACCCAUGGCUGUGCCAUGA